GGGAGUGCCAUACUGAGGGGAGUCUAUAUAUACAUCCCUGGGAGGCUGUUGCUCAGAGGCACAGCUGAAAUCUGUUGGAGAACACCUCAGUGGCAACAUUUUUCAGGACUUGUGCUCACACAGCCAGCCCAGCUGGGUCUACACACACUACGUUGUGUCCACGCAGAGCAGACAACAUACCAGGAUACUAAUAUAACCUUGAUCCUAUAGAGUAGAUCCUACAAGAUGGCCAAUCAGCUGCAGCGCCUUGUGGCCGACAGGAAGAAUGUGGUCGAGACCGUCAUGGAUGUGUUUGAGCAAGGGGCAGAGGUGGUGGCCAGCAUCGCAGGAGACCUGUUCCCUGUCUUUGCGAUAGCAGCACCCAUUGUUAGGCUGGCCCUGGACAAUGUUGAAAGCAAGGAGGCAGAGUAUAUGAAGGAGCAGUUCCAGAAGGUACGGGACAGGCUAGAGGUGGCCUCCGAGGACGUCCAGCGCAUCAAUGAGGAGAUCAAGAAGAGUGCGGCAGACGCUGCCUAUUUCUCUGUGGAGGAGAAUCUGACCAACCAGUUCCGUAAGUACAUGGACAUUCUCAAUGCCAAGCCCAAAUUCCGCGAGGUCAAGAAGAAGCUGUUCUUGGAGCACUUCAGCAAGACUGGAGGGGACAAAAACCUGAUCACCCUCUUCGGCGCUGUGACGGGGGAUAACUUCUCUGGAGAGUCUGUGUUGGAGAUCACACUGAACUACGAGCAGAAGAACCGUCGUACUGUUGAGGACUUCUGUGCCAGGCUUAAAAAGCUGUUCUGUAUUGGCCUGAUCGCUUUAAUGGGGUACAAUGCACUCAAGGGGGGUGAUGACGAGGAGGAUUUGCUUAGAGACUGGGGGGAGAAGAUGAAGGUUGUUCAGAGCAAAAUGACCACCAUCAUCGAGGACUGCAUCAACAGCUUCCCAAAACAGGCCGAGAUAGAUGUCAAAAGAGUGGUCAGGGACAACCGCGACAAAUCCAACAAAGAGCUGGCUGACACCAUCGUGGAGACCCUGAAGAAAAAGUAUGAUUGGGUGCGCUGGUCAGUCCGGGUGUUCGGCUCCCCGUCCGGCCUGUUCAAGAGCAAGAAGGACUUCCAGUGCUUCACAGGCCGGAGUCGUUUUACGGUGCCCUCGGCAGACGACAAGCUGAACGUCAUGGUCUCCUACAGCGCCUCUCCAGAGCCUCUGAACAAGGACCAGAUCCAGCUGCUGAUCGCCAGUCAGAAGAAAUCCACUAUCACCGUGAUGGCGGAGUUGUUGUUUGAUAAGGUGCCCGUCUGUGUGGUCCAAACCAUAAAGACCUCGUGCAAAGACGUGGUCUGCUCCUACAGCUUCUCAGAGGAGUUGCACUACUGGGAGGACCUGAAGAACUUCUAUGUUUGUGUCCAUUCUGCUUAAUGGCAGUGAUGGAAUUUAUUUUAGACUGAGACCUUUGAUACUUCAAAAUGGCUAUAUUCAGUUUAACUUUCUGACUUUUUGUCGAUAAUAGAUUUACUUGCUUAAAUGUUGCACAGUGUUGGGAUGUUAAAGUAUGCUAAGAGACCUUUUACAUUAUAUUACAUUUAGCAGACACUUUUUGUCCAAAGUGUGUUACAUAUUUCAACUAUAUUGCAAGGGAUUACAUUGUCCCCAGAGAAACUUGGGGUUAAGUGCCUUGCUCAAGGGCACCAUGGUGAAAUCCAGGAAUUGCACGCUAGCCCAGCUCCUUAACCACUACACUACCCUUGCCCUCUUCUGAAUGACCAAACCCGUACAGCAGGAAUACAAUAUUUACAAUUCACUGACAUCACAUUGCUGUAUCUUUGUACCAAAAGAAUGUUGCCAUAAUCUUGGACUACUGCAAAUAGCAUUUGAAGCGAAUAUAAUUUCUUUCCAAUAUGUAUGGGUAAUGAAUGAAAGAAUGAAUGGACAGCCUACACUCACAUGGGGCUUAUUUGCAUGCCUUAUGUGCCAACUGCAGUGUGAUGAGACUGCUUUCUUAUUUUAUGCACUGAUGUGUCUCCCCUCUUUUUUUUACCUUCCCCUUGUCUCAUGCACCCGGCCACACACUUACCGCAGUCCCCAUAGACUGGGCAUGUUGAAACACAUGAAGUAUGCUAGUGGCAGAUGCCGUGUUUACACAGGAAUUCCUUGCAUAAUUAUGCAUUUGUCUGGUCUUCCAUGUGUUUUUUUUUUUUGGAAAUUAAACAACCCUUCAAAGUGUUUUUUCAAAGUGCACAUAAUGGUGGUUUAUGAGAAAUGUUCGAUGAAAGCAAAACAUGUGUGAAUAGGUACAGCUUACCAACAAAUGUUAAAUAAAUACUUGUUGCAACUAAUCAUAUUGAACUUAAAUCAUAUACAGUAUGUUGUUACUGCAUGACACCUUUUUAACAACGUAAAGAUAUAUUUUAUGGGAAAAACUGGUGAAAUAAAAAUGCUGUACUCAAGCAUC